AUGCCAAUGAUGACAAGAAGUAAGACGAAAGAGAUCAUUGAGAAGAACAUUGGAAGGAAGGGGAAGCUGUGGGAGACAUUCACUGUCGACGUCAUCCCGGAGCUCCUCACUGAUCCAUGUGAUGAUGAGGAUCGUGACGAGGCGAUCUUCAACCCGACUGACUUCAAUCAGUCGGAGAAGAACCUAAUGGAGCUGAUGAGAGUGUGCCCGGACCUGGGCAUUGAGAGGGCACUUGAAUUCUUGGCGGCAUCCCCGCUGGCCGAGGCGAUCCGACGGGGAAAAGAAUUCGUGGCGGUGAAGGACACUAUGAUCAUAAUUGAUGAUCGUAUUAAAAAUAAAAAGCUGAGAGAGGAGGAAGAACGAUUUGUGGGUAUUCCCAAGCUCGAAAGCUGCCCACCGCCACCACCAAAGGUCACCAAGAAGAAGGAGGAGCCCAAGAAGGCGGAGAAGAAGACUGUAGCUCCUCGGAAGACUACAGGACGUCAGAAGGCUGGGAUCCCGAAGGUGGCCACUGGAGUGACGAAAAAAGGAGCUCAGAAGAAGAAGGCGGAGCCUAGGAAGACACAGAAGAAGGAACCUCGGCAGCCUCAAAUUAAGAAAAUCGGCACCGGACUCAUCAAGAAAGGAGGCGAGCAGAAGAAAGUCGGGAUUCGGCUUGGAGACCUCGCUAGAUUGCUGAUGGCAUCAGCCGCACACUGGACACGUCAGCGUAAGGUGGCAUUCAAGUGCCCUAAGCGCUUCUUGCAAGACGAGAAUGCUCCGCCCACUCGCACUGCUGCUGAGCCAAUGGAAUAUUAG